UAACACAUAUAAACCAGGUGACGAAUUGUCCUUCAGGGUCUCCUCCUCCUGCGUGCCGCUGAAAGAGUUAAGAAGAUUUGGCAGCAAACAAGCCAGCCGGUGAGGGAGGACUUGGCUUCCGGUGGGCAGAGGCAGUCGGCUCACUUGCCCGGGAUUAAGUGGGAUCGGGAGAGAUUACAGCCCUCCCUCUCUCUGCCUCUCGUUCCCUGCAGCUCGAUGAAAGUGUAGUCCAGUCUCCGGGGAUUCAUUUCCCAGCAUAUAUACAUUUUGCUGCACCAGAAUCGCUGCUAUAAACUUGCAGGAGGAUAAAAGCUUGGGCAUUCCUGAGAAUUCAGACACAAAGGUCUUUCUGGUCCUCGUAAGCAGGCAGCAGGUGGUUGUGGGUCAAAGGUCGGGGGUCCAGUGACUAUGAGGCAGGCUGUGGAGGCUCAGGUGUUAAACCCCCACUGUGAGCUAGGAGAACACGGCCUGCGUCAGAUCCUUACGGAUGUGAUCGAGGAGGUGAGGAAGUCUGUGAAUCAGGACAUCGAUGGAGCGGAGAUCCUCCACAGUCUGAAAGCCCCCUGGCUGCUCUCACUGAUCAAGGUUUACGAGUGUCUCCAGACGUUCCUGAGUGAUUCCCCAGCUCCGGCUCUGGACUACGCUUCAGGACUCUCACUCCAGUUGCUGAUUGACAUCAGAUCGUUGCCGGGCUGCUCUGAAGAGGCCAAAGAGCUUUACCGCCUCCUGAGACAGCCUCACCUGCAGGCUCUGCUCUCGGCUCAUGAUACGGUGGCCCAGAAGGACUAUGAGCCGGUUCUGCCUCCGAUGCCCGACGAGCUGCCGGAGGAAGAGGAGGCCACCAGGACCGUCUGCUUGGUGAAGAACAAACAGCCUCUGGGAGCGACUAUUAAGAGAAACGAGAACACGGGGGAGAUUUUCAUCGCCCGGGUGAUUCACGGAGGUCUGGCUGAUCGCAGUGGGUUGCUGCAUGCAGGGGACAGGAUCGUAGAGGUGAACGGGUUCCCUGUCGACGGGAUGGAGCCAGAGCAAGUCAUCCAAGUUGUGCAAGUGAGGGCGCAGGGCACCAUCGUGUUUAAAGUCGUGCCCAUCACAGAGAGGCAGGUCCACAACCAGACCAUGCUGUACGUGCGGGCCAUGGCGGACUACAGCCCGGAGCAGGACCCCUCCAUCCCCUGCGCCGACGCCGGGAUGAGCUUCAAGAAGGGCGACGUUCUGGAGGUGGUGGAUCAGACCGACGCCCUCUGGUGGCAGGCCAAGAAACUGCCCGACAACUCCUCCUGCGCCGGACUCAUCCCCUCCACCAACCUGCUCAAACGGAAGCAGAGGGAGUCCUGGUGGUCUCAGCCUUAUCAGCCGAACGCCUGCAUACACACCUUGAGCACUGUAGAGGAAGAGGAAGACAUGAUGGCCAUCGAUGACAAAUGUGUAGAAGCAGACGAGGAGGCAUUUGAAUCUGAGGAGGAUGAUUUCAGUAGCAGCACUGAAGGGGGUUUCUUAGUGGGCUUCAGGCGCAGCAUGCGUCUGUGUCGGCGGCGGAGUCACAGCACCGCCCAGCCGUCCUGCCCCCCCCGCUGCCCCAACAGCUGCUGCAGCGCCCUCAGCAGCCCGUACGAGGAGGUGGUGCGCUACCAACGCCACCCGCAGGACACACACCGCCUCAUCACACUCUUAGGUCCGUCUGGUGUGGGGGUGAAUGAACUUCGGAGGCGCUUGAUUGAAAUUAACCCGAAAAUCUUCCAGGGAGCGGUACCUCACACUUCAAGAGCACCCAGAGAAUACGAGGAGUCCGGCAGAGAAUAUCAUUUCAUCAGCCGAGAAAUCUUCGACAACAUGAUUCAAAACAACAGGUUUCUGGAGUACGGCGAGUACAAAGGAAGUCUGUACGGCACCAGCGUGGAGUCUGUGAGGGAGGUCUUAAACAGCGGGCAGAUCUGCGUCAUGGACAUAGAGCCAAAUGCCAUCCCGGCAGUGAGGACCCACGAGCUGAAGGCCUACAUCAUCUACGUGAAGCCUCCCCCCCACGAGCGCCUCAAGGAGACCAGGCGGGGGGCGCACGUCACCACCAACUACUACGUCAACCGGCCGUUCAAAGAUGAAGACUUCCAGGAGAUUGAAGAAUCCGCCCGUAAAAUCGAGUCUCAGUUCUGCCAGUUCUUUGACCACGUGAUCGUUAACGACGAGCUGCAGGACUCGUGCGUCCAGAUGCUGACGGCGGUGAGGAAGGCGCAGGACGAGCCGCAGUGGGUCCCCGCCAGCUGGAUACGACCCACCAGCACGUAAGGGUGGAGGUGGAGACGGAGGCGAGGGGGACCAGAGAAAUGGGACCACCGAACCAUGACAAAAAUCGUAAUUUGAAUCUAAAGGCAACAGAGAUUACAGAUUAAGUGAGAAAAGGAUCAAUGCCAUAUCUCUAUCUCAGUUUGUAAUCAUCAUCUUGUUACAGGCAGUUUACGUGCCCUUCUCCACACUCUUUUACACAUACCUGCGAAAAUAAUCUGAUUUGAUGUUUACAUACUAGAAGUGGUUUCUUGUUAAUUGUGUUGUUUUUCAUUUUUCAUUUGUCGUUUCUUUGGGUUUUGCUAAAAAUGUGUCAUUGCAUGCCAAAGAAAACAUUUAUUAAACCUGGCACAAAAAAUACACUGUUGUGUCCUUAUUUAAUUAAACUGAUGUGAUGAUAUACAUAAAAGCAAUGAUGUUGUAAUAUUUCUACCUAUUUGUGACAUUAAUAAACCACUUCUGAUAGUAAUGCUUUAA